AUGGUUGGGGACAUGGGAAGUAGUCUGACGAGCGCACGAGGGUACGACAGUGAUGCCCAGUGCAUUGGGAGUCCCCAGCAUGUCGACCAUAUGAGAGCUUCGCCCAGAAUCCCGGCUUUUCGCAGGAUGGGGUUGCAUGAUCUAAUAGAGUAUAGCCGUGAGCGAAAUGACUUGGAGAUGUGGGCGGGUGCCAACAGACAUGAUCAAUCCGGCACCCCGGGAACUCCCUUUGGGAUGCAUUAUAUACCCACACCACCAGGAAGUUUGAGGGGGUGCACUGCUCACCCCGACGCUGAAUUCGAAGGCACGGGUAACCAGUCGGUGCCUUCAUUCAAAAAUGAGCGGUUGGGCGAGCAAAACGCGUUCGCCAAAUCUUUCUCAAGUUUUCACCCCAGUCAAGAAGAAUUAGCUCCACCAAAUCAAGAACAUCUGCGGUCUCGAGGAGACUUUAAAGGCAGCAGUAGCGGUGAGAACCUCCAGAAUCUGGUGGUUGACUGGGCUCAGUACAUGGGAUCAGAUCCUAACAAUUAUCGCGCGGCAUCUUCGACAUCGGUAGCCAAGGAAGAUCCGGGAAUUACGGUUUCCAAAACACGGCAACCAACAAGCUCCCCCGGUACACACUCCGAGAGUCGGGUACUGCAUCUUGGUGAUCUUGACCUUUCGCACAGACUCGCAGGGACAAGUAUGGGGUCCGGGCCGACAUCGGCUAAUCCAUCUAUGUCGGAACUUCCACGUCCGAAUAGGUAUGGGCCACAGAUGGCAUCGCAAGAGAAUCUUCAAUCUCAUGAGAGAUCUGGAACAUUGACAAUCGGGAGUUCCGAGCCCCAGAAGCAAGCUACAUCUCACCAACGAGAUGCCUCUUCUUUCUAUUCGCGCCAAAGCAGUAAUCCUUCACGGGGAGCAUCUGCUGUUCAAUCGCUGAGAGUUCAUGCUGCAAAUGCGAUGGAUAGUUUACCCAAUAUUCAUGCACAAAUAGUAGCUGGGGCUGACUCGGUCCAAAAUGAACUGAAACCAGUUGCUGAGGUUCUGAAAAGUAGGUUUGUUGAGCAACUUGAUGCGGCAAACUGGGAAUCACCCCAGGUUCAUGGAAUUUUCAAUGGACCCAACGGCGCUGGACCACAGCGCAGAGUCAGUCCUGGGUGGAUGACUGGGGGCCGGCGAAUGGGCUAUGGGUAUAGCUUGGUGGACAACGCUGAGGCUCACCCACCAGCAGUUGGAGGGAACAGCAAUUCACUUCCGAAUGGGAGUUGGCACAAAGACACUUCGGGGCCUAGGUCUGACAGCCGACAGUCUCCUUCGAACAAAAGUCCUACCAAUGUCAUAGGGGAACCAGUUUUGACACCAACAAUGUGGGCCAAAAUGAAGAGCCAUUCAGUUCGAGAUAAUCGUCACGCACCGCUGGCAGUGGAUUUGGCAGGUGUAGGGAUGGCUGCAAGUGAAGCCCACCGUACAAGUUCAAAUCGGGCGCAGCACAUUGAGUCGCCAACUUCUAUGAAAUCUCCAAUCUCUGCAAAGACACCAACAUCUGCCAAGAGCUUUUAUAUCGAAGACGUCGACGAAACGUUCUUGAGUCGAUGGGCGAAAGUCAGUCGGUCCACACGUAAACAACAACAACAACCAGGCAUGUACCACGAUUCAACCCAUGGGCCUGAAGUCUAUACUUCAGAUACUUCACCACUUAGUGGACGCCGCUUCUCGAUGGAUCAGACAAACCAUCAGCCCUCAGUGUACUUCGAUCCAUCCAACGGCAGGAGUGCAGACAGACAAAACGGAGACCCCUCGCGCUCUCGUAGUGGACGUUGGAUACCAAAGUUUUCUAGAAAUAGGGAAAGCAAGAAACGCUCAAACCUCCUUCCAAAAGAACCAUCUGAGGAAUCGCCAGUACCAUAUCAAGAGCGUCCGUCAAGUGACCUGGGACGAGCAAACUCUACCAGAAGCGAUAUGGCAGAGGAGCUCGCGAGUGCGUAUCAGGAGUGCAUCGGGAUGCCCGGGGCCUUUUAUGGAAGCCGGUGGGCGAGCCGUACAAGUCUGGUGGUGGAGGCAGAGUGA